CCGCCGCAGCGCCCCCGCGCGGCCCGGCCCGGCCCGUCCCCGAGUUUCGCGCCCCGAUGGCCGCUGUGCCGGAGCCCGAGCCCGGGGCUGCCGAGGGCGCGGCGGCGCCAGCGGUGGAGACGCCGGGCUGGGAGGCCCCGGAGCACGCGGGAGCGCAGCCCGGAAGUUACGAGAUCAGACACUAUGGCCCCGCCAAAUGGGUCAGCACUCGCGUUGAGUCAAUGGACUGGGAUUCCGCCGUCCAGACCGGCUUUUCAAAAUUGAACAGCUACAUUCAAGGCAAAAACGAGAAAGGGGUGAAGAUAAAGAUGACAGCCCCGGUGACAAGCUACGUGGAGCCUGGCCCAGGUCCUUUUAGUGAGUCUUCCAUUACUGUUUCCCUGUAUGUCCCCUCCGAAGAGCAAUCCGAUCCGCCCAGGCCCUCAGAGUCAGAUGUCUUCAUUGAAGAGAGAGCUGAAAUGACUGUGUUUGUAAGGUCUUUCGAUGGAUUCACUAGCGCCCAAAAGAAUCAAGAACAACUUUUGACAUUAGCAAGCAUUUUGAGGGAAGAUGGAAAAGUCUUCGAUGAAAAAGUUUUCUACACCGCAGGCUACAGCAGUCCUUUCAAGUUGCUUGACAAAAACAACGAAGUGUGGUUGAUUCAGAAAAACAAACCCACCGAAGCAGGUGAAUGAGACGGUGAAAGGAGGCUCACCGCUAGGAACCUGCUGUUCCUAGAUGCAUCAAAACCACCGCAAGAGAAAGCAGUGUCUGGUCGGUCUUUCUCUCUGGGUCCCACCAGGAAGCGCAUUGAUUUCCCAUGUGCCUUUUUAAAUGCUUGAAGCUUCCCUCGUACACAGAUCCUGGGGACAGAUCUGUAAAUGAAUAAACUGGCCAUCUCUGGUGGUCUCUAUGUCUGCGAGGAACCAGAAACUAUUGCAUCAUUUUCUCCUUCUUUGCUAUGUCAUAAUCAUGUUACCGCCUUGUACUGUGCUUGAAUUUGCGUCAGGAGGGUGGGAUCCUGUAGACAAUAUUGGUAAGAGCGUUAAAGGUGGACCCCGUGUGGAAAUAUGAGGCCAUAACCCAAGAGGUGAGCCCACAAAAAUAAACGAUAGUUUGUGGCA